CUGGUGCGGUCGCGCAUUCACAUUCCCACACAGAAGUUAUAAAGAAAAUAUUCACAUUCACCGGCAAACCGGCUUCCAUCGGACAGCAUGGCCUCAGGAGUCACUGUUAAUGAUGAAGUCAUCAAAGUCUUCAAUGACAUGAAAGUGCGAAAGUCCUCAACCUCAGAUGAAGUGAAAAAGCGCAAAAAGGCAGUGCUGUUUUGUCUCAGCGAAGACAAGAAAAAAAUUAUUGUAGAGGAGGGCAAGCAAAUUCUUGUAGGUGAUAUCGGAGAGACUGUUGAUGAUCCCUAUGCUUGCUUUGUUAAGCUCCUACCUCUAAAUGACUGCAGAUACGGCUUGUAUGAUGCCACAUAUGAAACAAAAGAGUCCAAAAAAGAAGACUUGGUUUUUAUUUUUUGGGCCCCUGAAGGUGCACCAUUAAAAAGCAAGAUGAUCUAUGCUAGCUCUAAAGAUGCAAUUAAAAAGAAAUUUACUGGUAUUAAACAUGAAUGGCAAGUUAAUGGCUUAGAUGACAUUCAGGACCGCUCAACCCUGGCAGAAAAAUUAGGAGGGAAUGUGGUUGUAUCACUGGAAGGACGACCAUUGUAAAUUGAAAAGACAUGUGCCAUCAGGAUUCCACUUGCUUUUUAUGUUAGCAGCUGUCAUUUGAUUCAAAAGGAUUUUUAGUUUUUUUGUUGUUUUUUUUCAAAUGAUGGAGAUCUCACUAACAUCCACAGAAAUAGCAGUAUUUUGUCAUUUGUCUUUUUCAAAUUUAGGUAGUUUUGUAAUUCCCCAUAUAAUUUUUUUUCAUAGUAUGGAUGGCCAAACAAUGCAACAUAUCAGUGUCAGAAGGUUUAAGUCAGUGCUUCCUGUACAAUCAUAAAAUGUUUAGUUGACCUUUUGAAAAUAUAGAGUUUUUAUGUUCUGCUGUAACAAAUGUGAGAAUUUUUGUUGAGUUAUUUAUUUAAACUAAUUAGGCUAAUUUAAACUACAACCACACUAAAUAAUUUAUAGAUAGGAACAAACUUUUUGUUUAUACACUACAAGUUUAGACAAACAUGCAUAGGGACUAUGGAAGUGCUUUUUUUGUUAUCGUUUUUGUUCCUGUGAUGCAUACGUUCAGCCUUACUGUUAUCCAAAUGUACAGUACAAUACCAAAUAUGAAGGAGAGGGUGCUGUUUAGUUAUUGUUUUUUAAAACGAUGCAAAAUGUCUGUUAAAGAUGGCAAUAUCCACAUUUGCCAUCCUAAAUAAAGUUUUUUUUUUUUGAGAUCUAUGAAUUUGCCACUUUGCAAUAAAACAUUGUGGCGUACAACAUGGACAUGUGUCUUUGGGCUGGUUUGCAUGGUUAACCUAUUUACUAGGACACUUGAGAGAUUCUUUUAUUUUUUCUCCUUUAAAAAUACUUUUUAACUUUUUCAUCCAAUGGUUUGCACCACCACUUAAAAGAAAGUUUGUAGGCCACAUGCAAGAUAGUCAGCUAAUAAAGUAUAUAAUAAUAAUAAUAAUAAUAAUAUCAGACAUUUAGUAUGAAAGUGAGGAUUGCAUAUAAGCAUGAGUCAACUAUGGCAUGAUAAUUUUUCAAUUCGGAUUAGUCAGAAUUCACCUCUCUUGUUGGAAAAACAGAGAUUUGAUUAACAGUGAAGUAGUGCUGGUUGAAUGGAUAACCCAGGAAUAAAAGUACACUCAUUAAAUGUAAUAUUUAUUAUUUAAAUAGUAACAACUAUUUUACAGAACCUGUUUACCACAUGUUCUGUCAUUGUAAUGUCCUAUAUAAAGCAGAUUAAUAACCAGUGUAUUAAGGAGUGUGUUGUUAUUACAGAAAGAAAUAUGUGAUUUUUGGCACUUGCAGUAAUAAAAGCAGGAAAC